AAGAGCUAAAGGCCAAAAGAUUCUCUCGAAGAUCCAUAAGAUUUUCUUUUCUUCUUCGGAUCUUUCUUCACUCUCUUUAAUACAGUAUCCAUUAACGCUUGUGAUUGUGAUUUUAUUGCGGUUCAUAAAAACCUGUGUGCCGACCCAGUUCGCGCGUGUGGUACACACACUCUUCUCCACUACUAUUAAAUAUUAAAUGCUCUCUCACCCACUUUCUAUACAACUGGUGGUGAACAGAGGAACAGAGCGAGACAGAGACAUAGAGAGAGAGAGAGAAGAGAGAAGAUCUGAUCUCAUUUCAUUUCAUUUCCUUCUUCUGCGAGGGAAAUUUAUUUGUUUCCUACUUUGAAUUCUUCCCCAUUUACUCUCUCAAGAGAGAGAGAGAGUGCGAGAGAUUAAUACACACAAGUGAAGACGCUCCUUAACUCUCUCAGAAUUGAAACUUUAGUGAGAAAGAGAAGAGAGAGAGAAAAGAUGUUUGCGGCGGAGAAUGGUCUCAAAGGAGAUCCAAGGCUUGAAGCUAUAUCAGCAGCCAUUAGGGUUGUCCCUAAUUUCCCUAAGAAAGGGAUUAUGUUUCAGGACAUAACUACGUUGUUACUGGAUCACAAGGCGUUUAAACACACAAUUGAUAUCUUCGUAGAUCGUUACAAAGACAUGCAAAUCUCUGUCGUUGCUGGAGUUGAAGCAAGAGGUUUCUUGUUUGGUCCUUCCAUUGCAUUAGCCAUCGGCGCAAAGUUUAUCCCUUUGCGUAAACCAGGAAAAUUACCAGGGAAAGUGAUAUCGGAGUCUUAUGAGCUCGAGUAUGGGCAUGACCGUUUAGAGAUGCAUGUUGGCGCUGUUGAGCCACGCGAACGCGUCAUUAUCAUUGAUGAUCUUGUUGCUACUGGCGGCACUCUUUCUGCCGCAAUGAGCCUAUUGGGUUUCUUUCUUUCUUCUUGUUUUCUUUUUCAGUUUUUAAAGAGAAUUUUUUGGUCUUGAAUUGUAAUGUGAUACAGUUUGACGUUUUACAGAGAGCCAAGGAGCUGAAGUUGUUGAGUGUGCUUGUGUUAUUGGCUUGCCUGAAGUCAAGGGGCAACACAAGCUCAAAGGGAAGCCGCUUUAUGUGUUGGUGGAGCCUAGUGGAUUAGAUGAGUUCUGUUAGGAUACAUACCGGUUACUUCCGGUUCAGUUUUCUUUCCCUGCAGAGUUCAUGUUCUUUUUUUCAAAAUUUCUAGGGUUCCAACUUCUUGUAUUCGUUCUCGUUUAUUGAUCUCUGUAGAUUUUGAAUUUUGAUGUGUACUUUCCACGGCAGUGGUUGGUAAAAAACCGAGAUACUGAAAAGAGUCUUUACAUUUCCCGGUUUGGUGGAAUUUCUGAUGGAUCACUAACUCAUGUUAAUCAGUUUAUAAUAACUGUAAUCAUUAAAAGGGU